AUGUCAUACAGCGGAGAAGACGUCUUUGCGACACUUGCCCAAGAUGCCUCGAUGCCAAUUGUGAUUGUGGGCAUUUCGGGUAGAUUUCCCGGGGAUGCCAUUACCCCGGCGAAGCUCUGGGACAUGGUAGCAGAGAAGCGAAGCGCUCGAUCUGAUGUGCCAAAGAGUCGGUACAAUGUAGAUGCAUUCUACCACCCCAGCGCAGAGCACCAGGGCAGUACCAGCGCCAGGGGUGGCCAUUUUUUGACCGAUGAUGUCGCAGCUUUUGACGCCCCCUUCUUCAAGAUUACAGCACAAGAGGCCCACGCGAUGGAUCCUCAACAGAGAAUGGCUCUAGAGAUGUCCUAUGAAGCGUUAGAAUCUGCUGGUAUCAGAAUUGAAGAUGUCUCUGGAUCCACAAUGGGCUGUUAUAUGGCAUGUUGCGUCAGGGACUAUGCUGCUAUCCGGGCUAUCGAUCCGGAUGAUUACCCUCGAUACGAGGCGAAUGGUAGUAUGGGCACUGCUAUGAUUUCCAACAGGAUAUCAUGGUAUUUUGACAUCAAAGGACCGAGCAUCAGUCUGGAUACUGCGUGUUCUUCAUCCCUCGUAGCUCUACAUCUUGCCUGUCAAAGCAUACGCACUGGCGAGACCAAGGCGGCUCUUGUCGGUGCUACUAAUUUAAUAUUAAUGCCACAUACGUCAAAUCACUUAAGCACAUUGAGCUUUUUGAGUCCAGAUGGGAAAUCAAUGGCUUUUGAUCACAGAGCCAAUGGCUACUCUCGUGGAGAAGGCGUCUCUGUGAUAGUUGUGAAAUCCCUAGCGGAUGCUCUUAGGGAUCGUGAUGUAAUUCGCGCAGUAGUCCGAGGCACAUCCGUAACACAAGACGGACGAACACCGGGAAUAAAUUUGCCUUCGUCGGAGGCACAAGAGGCUUUAAUACGAGCAGCGUAUGCCAACGCUGGACUAAGCCCUGACCAGACCAGUUUCUUCGAAGCCCACGGACCCGGUACACCCGCCGGAGAUCCACUAGAAGCAUCUGCUAUUGCAGCUGUGUUCGGUAAAACGAGGAGUGUAGAUAAUCCAUUGUACGUAGGAUCAGUCAAGACCAACAUCGGGCACUUGGAAGCCGGAGCCGGAAUAGCUGGUCUUGUGAAAGCUAUUUAUGCCCUUGAAAAGGGGCAGAUCCCUCCAAAUAUCUGGUUUGAAAAAGCAAACCCCAAACUUGAUCUCGAUAAGUGGGGGCUAGUGGUGCCUACAGAGUUAAUUCCAUGGCCCACGGAUGGCUUGCGCAGGGCUAGCAUAAACUCGUUCGGCUACGGUGGGACCAACGCACACUGCAUCUUGGACGAUGCAUAUCAUUAUCUUCAAAAUCAUGGGCUCGUCGGGCGACAUAACACGGCUCCGAUUAUCCCAGGCCGUAGGAUCGAGCGCUUGCCAACCGACCCCAUUUCACCAACUGAGAGCUCUUUCACUAGCACCGAUACUAGCGCUUCGAUUUCCGAAAAUGCUAGUGAGAGUGGAGGGCCAUCUUCUAUUUCCGAUGCUACCGACUUCGAAGAGGCUCCAGUUACCCCUCAAUUGCUUGUAUGGUCAUCGCAUGAGCAGAGCGGUAUUAACAGAAUGGCGGCUAGCCUCAAAUCAUACCUGAAAGAGCAACAUAUCACGCCGGCGGAUGAGCCAGCGCUUCUCAAACGAUUGGCUUACACAUUAUCCAGUCGGCGCAGCAAACUCUCGUGGUCAUCCUUCGUAGUAGCAUCCAAUGUGAAUGAAGCCUCAAAGGUCCUGGACAUUCCGAGCAAGCCUAUGCGACUUGCGCAGAACCCCUCGUUAGUAUUCGUUUUCACAGGACAAGGUGCUCAAUGGUUUGGUAUGGGCCGAGAACUUCGAGCCUAUCGCACCUAUGACGACAGUCUGAUUGAGGCGGCCACUCACUUAAAGUCAAUCGGAUGUGAAUGGGAUUUGCUAGAGGAACUUGGCGCCUCUGAAACUACCUCACGAGUCAAUGAACCGCAAAUUAGCCAACCGGCUUGCACCGCGGUCCAAGUCGCUCUAGUCGAUCUUUUGAAGGAGUGGGGGAUAUUCCCUUCUAUCACUGUUGGCCACUCAAGCGGUGAAAUAGGCGCAGCCUACGCCAAAGGGGCUAUUUCUCGUGAGUCUGCAUGGACUAUUGCAUAUCAUAGAGGACGCCUAUCGGCCGGACUCUCUACGCCCGGCGCGAUGCUAGCUGCGGCAUUGAGUGAAGACGACGCUCGAACCUAUAUCAAUAAGGUUGUUGCAGGCCCGAAACCAGUGAUUGCUUGUAUCAACAGCCCUAGCAGUGUCACAAUAUCUGGUAGCGUAGGUGCCAUCGACGAAGUUAAAGGUAUAAUAGGAAGACAAGCCUGGUGUAGGAAGCUCCUCGUCAAGACGGCGUAUCAUAGCCCUUUCAUGAAAGAACUCGCUCAACCCUAUCUUGAGUCCCUCGAGGAAAUCAAGACGGACUCGAGCGUGGGGACAGCAGUUCGUAUGUUUUCAUCUGUCACGGGAGAAGAAAUCAACGACGAAGCACUCAGAUCACCGCAGUACUGGGUAAACAACAUGGUCUACCCAGUCAAGUUCAACCAUGCGGUAAAAGCAAUCCUGAACUCCCCUGAAGUUCAGAACAAAUCUAUCACGAUGGUGGAAGUCGGUCCGCACGGCGCCCUGCAAGGUCCAAUCAAGCAGAUUUUACAGGGGAAGCAACAGGAGGUCCAGGCCCUCAGCCUCCUAACCAGGAAACAAGACGCGAUUGACACAGCACUUAACGCUGCAGGUGUUCUCCAUCAACGGGGAUUUUUACCCGACGUCACCAAGGCUAACCAACUCGAUCCGACGGAAGAACUUCCUGCUCAUUUAGUUGACUUGCCUCCAUUCGCGUGGAACCAUAAUUCGAAAUAUUGGUACGAAACGGCUCUAUCGACCGCCUACCGGAACAGAACCCAGCCAAAACAUGAUCUGCUAGGUGUGCGGCAUGAAUUUUCUAACGACGGCGAGCCGAGCUGGCGCAACUACCUGCGUAUCUCCGAGGUACCUUGGCUCAAGCAUUAUAUAGUCAGCGGCAAACCAGCGCUCUCAUUCUCUAGCGUGUUAGCCAUGGUUAUUGAGGCCGUCCGCCAAACUUCCGAACCCGGUAAAACGAUUAAGGCCUUCCAACUCCGGGAUGUCUUCCCUGGAGUACCCCUCUUCCUGAGCGAGACCGAAGAUAGCCCUGUAGAAACAAAGCUACAGCUGCGUCCUUGGAGACUGGCGUCAAGAUCCCUUACGACUUAUUGGAAAGAGUUUACCUUGUCGAGUCGGACUCGCCAAGGUGACUGGACACAACAUAGUACAGGUCUCAUCAAGUUGAAAUACGUCACAGACCAUCAGUCUGGAUUCAUUGAUGAAGAGCUGUCAAUGGCCGAGAAUUACCGGGCUGAGUACUCGCGUAUAGAAAGUUUGCCGUUACAAUAUCGCAGCACAGCUAAGUUUUAUGAAAAAUUUUCCAACCUCGGAAUGCAAUGGGGUCCAACUUACCAGGCACUGGUGGAAGCUCGAACCGCAGGCACCGUUAUCUCCAGCACCGUACAGAUCCCGGAUACGAAGGCCUUGAUGCCUAGCAACGUUGAAUCACAACACAUCAUUCACCCUACUGCUCUUGACAGCGCAUUCCAGAUGUUGAUGGCUUGUGAUAACGUGACCAAGCCCACGGUCCCGAAGUACAUUGAACGAAUCCAGAUUUCAGCUGAAUUAUCAACCCGCGAAGGCGCCCGUCUGCGCGGGUUCGCGGAUAUCAAAGAGCGGCGCUUCGACGGAACUAACGGCACUAUCGUAAUUUCGGACGAAAAGUGGCUAGAGCCCCUAAUCAUCUUCGAGGGUCUCAAAUCAACGGAUUUCGCCGCCAGCAUAGCACAAGAGAACGCACAGACGCAGCAUAAUAUUCCCAAGAAUCUAGGUCUCUACUCGACAUGGGACAUUGACAUAGAGAACUCGGUCGAUGCGACGGAAGAGCUGCUUAAGAAAACAUGUUCCGACGCUCCCCAGACUGAUUAUUCGGGUGUUUAUGAUAUCGAGUGGGCUGCAUAUAUUAUAUGCAAGAGGACGACACAACGCUUCAGUCCGGAAGAUGUUGAGAAGAUGGCGCCCCAGUUCAAGACAUACUACAAUUAUAUGAAUCGACAGUGCAAGCUUGCUGAGGCUGGGAAAUUACCUUGCCAAUCACCCGAGUGGACAACGGUAAACAAAUCUGUUGAAAAUGAGGUUUUAUCACGUGCAGCGAAAAUAAGUCUCGAGGGCAAGAUGAUGUGUCGCAUUAAUGAUAACAUGCCCAGCAUCCUCCUUGGGGAGGUAGAAGCAUGGGAAGUGAUGAGUCGCGAUAACCUGUUAAAUAACGUGUAUCGAUACGGUCUUUCUGACGAGCGCACACCUGCCACACAAUGCGAGUACAUCAGACGUCUGUCGCACAAGCGGCCACUCCGCAUUCUCGAAGUCGGUGCGGGUACAGGAAGUGCGACAAGUCGAAUCCUAUCUAGCUUAGGUCCAGACGUCGCGGGUCACUUGCAGAAGUACACAUACACCGAUAUUAGUGGCGUUUUCUUCGAAGUAGCGAGCGAAGAAUUCAAGGAAUGGAGCUCAUUGAUGGAGUUUAAGGUUCUAGAUAUCGAGAAAGAUCCUUCACAGCAGGGACUAGAAGAAGGGUCGUACGAUCUCGUGGUCGCCUUCCAGGUUCUUCAUGCGACAUCAUCUAUUGGGACGACGCUAGCAAACUGCAAGAAGUUGCUGAAACCGGGCGGUCAGCUUAUUGUGACGGAAACAACAAAUAAGAUCGCAAGACGUUCCGUCGUAUUCGGAGUUCUAUCAGGCUGGUGGCUAGGCGAAAACGACGGGCGACACUGGGGCCCAGAAUUGACCGAAGAGGAAUGGGACUCUCGUCUCCGCGCACAAGGAUUCUCUGGUGUCGAAUGGUGUUUCCGUGAUCGUGAGGAUGAUGGUUACUCAUCAUCCAUCAUGGCAUCAAGUGUUCCUUAUGAUUCCAUCCCCAGAUUGCCGAGUAAAGUAAUCAUCGUCACGUCGCCAGAGGGCAGCGAGCAAACAAGAUCGAUGAUUAAGCAACUAUCUGGACAAUUGGUGGCAGAUGGAGCUUCCGUUGAGCAGAAGUCGCUGCUUGAUAUCGCUGAUAAAGACCUAAGCACGACACGAUGUAUCGCUGUCUUUGAAAUUGAAAAGCCGUUGCUCAGUUCAAUGAAAGAGGGGGAAUACGCUGCACUAAAGCGCGUGGUCCUCCAUUCUGAAGGCACCCUUUGGUUAACAAGAGGCGGUACUACCUUCGACACACGAGACCCAGAGCACAACAUGGUCGCUGGUUUUGCACGAACCAUUCGUGGUGAAGCUCCAGAAGUGAAAUUUGUGACUUUGGAUCUCGAUCCUGAUGUACCUUGUGAGCAAGCAACAGCAACUGAGGCAAUCCUGAAGGUCCUGCAUUUGGAAGAUGAGCCACGUAAUGCCGACCAUGAAUUUGCUGUUAGAAAUGGCGUCCUUUACGUCCCUCGGGUAUAUCCCAGCAAGGCUCUUACUGGUGUCCUGGGUCUGGACGAGUCUCAAGAAAGCAAAUUGACAUUACAAAACAUCAAGCAAGCUGGGCGACCAUUGAAGCUUAACCUGAAGGCAACGGGUGAACUCGAGAGUUUCUAUUUCACCGAUGAUGACGAAUAUUCUGCACCUCUAGGCGACUUAGAAAUCGAGAUCGAGGUCAAGGCAGUCGGAUUAGAUCCGUACGAUAUGGCUGUCGUGUUAGGGCAACUCUGGGAUCCCAAUCUUGGAAUCGAGUGUAGUGGCGUCAUCACAAGAAUAGGAAAAGACGUUACCGACUUCGGUGUAGGAGACCGAGUGACCACCCUGGGCCAAGGUUGGUACAAGACCUUCAUCCGCAACACAGAGGAUAUGUUCCAACGGCUACCAAACACAAUGUCUUUCGAAGAGGGGGCGACAAUGAUGAUAUCGUACGGCACAGCAGUUCACAGCAUAUUCAAUGUUGCGCGACUCCAGCAAGGAGAGACGAUCCUAAUUCAUUCGGCUUCAGACUGCUUGGGCCAGGCCGCUAUAAACGCGGCCCAGCAUGUCGGCACAGAGAUCCUUGCCACGGUAUCUUCGGAGGCGGAGAAACACCUCCUCAUUGAACAAUACCAUAUACCCGCAGACCACAUUUUCAGUAACAAGGAUGACGGUUUCGUCCAGGGCGUCAAGCGAAUAACGAAUGGUUUGGGAGUGCAGGUUAUCCUAAAUUCGUUGACUGGAGAGCUGUUGAGACAAACGUGGCAUUGUAUCGCGCCUUUCGGUCGAUUCGUUGAACUUGGAAUGAAAGAUAUUAGAAGUAACACUGGAUUAGAUAUGGUACCUUUCGCUAACAAUGCCAUUUUCGCUGGUGUGAAUAUUUUAACGAUGUACCGAACAAACCGACCGAUGUUUAGCAAGUUGAUGGCCGACGUCUUCCGAUACCUCAAGAAAGGAACCAUCAAACUUGUGAAGCCUCUGCACGUUUUCAAGUUCUCACAGAUCGCGGAUGCCUUUAGAAUGCUUCAAGCAAGAAAGCACGGGGGAAAGGUCGUUCUUCAAGUUGUCGAUGACGAUAAAGUGCGGACAACUCCCGCCAAACCAGCCGAGCUUCAAUUGCGACCCGAUGCUACUUAUAUCAUUCCAGGAGGGACGGGUGGUCUCGGUCGAUCGCUGAUGUGGUGGAUGGCUACGAAAGGCGCACGCAAUUUAAUCUCAGUAUCUCGAUCAGGCGCUAAAGAUCCUCGAGCUCAAAAACUUCUUGAAGACCUUUCCAAGUUGGGUGUGAGAGUCAAAGCAUUUGCCUCGGAUAUCAGCAGCGAAGAGCAAUGUCAGGCGGUUCUCGAUGAAAUAUCGAAAGAGGGAUUCCCGCCAAUACGUGGUGCUGCCAUUCUAGCGAUGAACGUCAAGGACUCGAUGUUCGAAACGAUGGGACUCGAUGCGUGGUCGGCAGCAUUAACAACUAAACAUAGAGUAACAUGGAAUAUGCACAAUAUGUUACCUACAGACCUCGACUUCUUCGUAACGAUAUCGUCAGCAGCAGGCCAGAUAGGUUCAAUAGCUCAAAGCAAUUAUAAUGCGGGAAAUACGUACCAGGAUGCCGUCGCGCAUUACCGGCGAGCCCAAGGGUUGAAAGCGACUAGCAUCGACCUCGGGUGGAUGAGCGAAGUUGGUUUUGUAGCCGAGCAAGGGAAAGUGCCAGACGUCGUGCGCGCCGGAGUACCUCAACUUACGGAGAAACAAUUCCUCGCAGUCGUGGAAGCUUCCAUGGCGGACCAACUUGGAAUUCAACCCGUAUUUGGCCUCGCUAGCGGCGGAAUAGUCAGGUCAAAUGGUGAUGAUGAUCCCUAUUGGUUCACGGAUGCACGUUUCGGUCCCUUAAGCGUAUACGACACCCGGAAACAUAGUGCUUCUGGUUCUAACAACAAUAAAAAGAGCAACAUCGUCACCGAUUUCGCAAACAUAUUAGGGGGAGUAGCUGGUAUAGAGGAUGCUAAUGAAGUUGUUUGCUCGGCGUUAAUGGGAAGGCUGGCGAAGAGUUUAAUGAUGGAACUCGAGGACCUUGACAGUGCCCGGCCGAUCAACACAUAUGGUGUGGACAGCCUCGUGGCCGUCGAUAUCAGGGCCUGGGCACUUAAGGAAUUACAGAGCGUCGUGCAUGUUUCCGAGAUCUUGCGGAAUGUUCCGAUGAUGGAGUUGGCUGGGGCGAUUGCUUCAAAAUCGAAGCUUCUUCCCGAGACACUGCGGGGUGGUAGCGCCACUUAG